UAGUUUCAGUAUCAUAUCUCACCAUCUCCAACUGCAAACUACAUACUCUAGUAGAGAUGGAAUCUGCCUCACUACUUGUUCCCAUUUGCUUGUGCCUCGCUUGGCUCUCCUUCCAGCUUACAGCGGCUGUUGAUCCGACUGUCGGCUUCACCUCUCUACCUCUAGAUCAAUCCAACUUUGAUAUUCAAAAGCCUUACAAUGUCCCUGUCAAUAAACGAUACAGCUUCAUUAACGGAGUUCACAAGAUGUGGGUGUACAAAUCCGAUAAACCUCACUCACCUGAUAGCCAUACCAAUCCACGUACUGAAAUCCGUAUCCAGGGUUAUGACUUCUCCUCUGGUGUCUGGCAAUUCGAAGGAUACGGAUACGUCCCAAGAGUAACAUCAGGAGCAUGCAUUAUGCAAAUUUUUGGCGGGAGCCCUCAUGCAACUACUCUGAUGCUUAGAACAUACAAAGGCACACUUGCAUAUUACCGCAACCCUGUUCUUGUCCAGAACAUUUACAAUAGAUGGUUCCGACUAAACGUGAUCUACGACGUCGAUGCAAACAAGGUGCAGGUUUACAUCGACGGGGACUUGAAAUUCGAAACAACGGGCCGAGGAGGAAACUCUCAUUUCUUCAAAUGCGGGGUGUAUGCUCAAGACGAUGAUUCUAAUUAUAUGGAGUCCCGCUGGAAGAAUAUCAAAGUUCUCAAGAAAAACUAAAUGGUAAAACAGAGAUCAGAUGUAUGGUGGAAACACGGUGGGUUUAUGUAAUUGAAAUGAUAGUGAAGUUGAGUUUAUUUUCAAUCACUUUGUAGCUGAAAUCACGUUAUUGUCACGAUUAUGAACAGAUAUAUCUAAAUAUUUCCUCGAGGUCUCCUUAUAAAGAUGACUUUUCUGAA